ACAGACAGACUGACUGGCGGACUAGGGCUGACCAUGACGGACCAGCCGAAGCCCAUUAGUCCCAUCAAGAACUUGCUGGCGGGCGGCUUCGGCGGCAUGUGCCUGGUGUUCGUGGGGCAUCCACUGGACACGGUCAAGGUCCGACUGCAGACACAGCCCCCAAGUUUACCUGGACAGCCUCCCAUGUACUCUGGGACCUUUGACUGUUUCCGGAAGACUCUUGUUAAAGAGGGCAUCACGGGACUAUAUCGAGGCAUGGCCGCCCCCCUCAUUGGCGUCACCCCAAUGUUUGCUGUGUGCUUCUUUGGAUAUGGUUUGGGGAAGAGACUGCAACAGAAAUCUCCAGAGGACGUGCUCAGCUACCCCCAGCUAUUUGCUGCUGGGAUGUUAUCUGGCGUGUUCACAACAGGAAUCAUGACCCCAGGAGAGCGGAUCAAGUGCUUGUUACAGAUUCAGGCUUCUUCUGGAGAAACCAAAUACACUGGUGCCUUGGAUUGUGCAAAGAAGCUGUACAAAGAGGCUGGGAUUAGAGGCAUCUACAAGGGGACUGUGCUGACCCUCAUGCGAGAUGUUCCAGCUAGUGGGAUGUAUUUCAUGACAUACGAGUGGCUGAAAAAUAUCUUCACUCCAGAGGGAAAGAGUGUCAGCGAGCUCAGUGCACCACGGAUCCUGGUGGCUGGUGGUAUUGCAGGGAUCUUCAACUGGGCUGUGGCGAUUCCCCCAGAUGUGCUCAAGUCCCGCUUCCAAACUGCCCCUCCUGGUAAAUAUCCUAAUGGUUUCCGAGAUGUGUUAAGGGAGCUAAUCCGGAAUGAAGGAGUCACUUCCUUAUACACAGGCUUCACUGCUGUGAUGAUCCGAGCCUUCCCAGCCAAUGCAGCCUGUUUCCUUGGCUUUGAAGUUGCCAUGAAGUUCCUCAAUUGGGUCACCCCCAAUUUGUGA